ACAUAGCAAGCUAGAGAGUGUCAUAUGGCAGUCAUGAGUAGCUUAUCCAUAGUUGAUGGCAAAUAUGAUGAUGAUGGUCGCAUAAAACGAACAGGAACAUGGAUAACUGCAAGUGCACAUAUAGUGACUGCUGUGAUAGGAUCUGGAGUGUUGUCAUUGGCAUGGGCUGUAGCUCAAUUGGGAUGGAUUGCAGGGACUAUCAUUCUCAUACUCUUUUCACUCAUCACUCUCCUCACUUCUUUUCUCCUUGCUGAUUGCUAUAGGUAUCCUCAUCCUGUUCAUGGAAUUAGAAAUCAUACCUACAUGGAAAUGGUCAAAAAUAUUUUAGGAGGAGUUCAAUACAAGUUAUGUGGAUUGGCUCAGUACACAAAUCUUGUGGGUUGUACUAUUGGUUACACUCUCACAGGAUCCAUUAGCAUGGUGGCCAUAAAAAAAUCCAAUUGCUUUCAUAAGUAUGGACAUGAAGCAGACUGCAAGGCAUCCAAUUAUCUAUUUAUGGUCAUCUUUGCGAUCUUUGAGAUUUUACUAAGCCAAAUUCCAGAUUUUCAUGAACUUUCAUGGCUCUCUAUUCUUGCUGCUGUUAUGUCUUUUGGUUAUGCUUCCAUAGGCAUUGGUCUCUCCAUAGCAAAAAUUGCAGAACCGGGCCACCAUGUCAAGACCGGCCUUACCGGGGUCGUUGUUGGUGUCGAUGUGAAUAGUUUGGAGAAGGUGUGGAAUACCUUCCAAGCAAUUGGAAAUAUAGCUUUUGCUUAUGCUUUCAGUGUGGUAAUUGCUGAGAUACAGGACACAUUAAAAUCAAGUCCACCAGAAAAUCAAGCCAUGAAAAAAUCAGCCCUCACCGGAGUCACGGUCACCACAUUCUUUUAUGCAUUAUGUGGUCUUCUAGGCUACGAAGCAUUCGGAAAUAAGGCACCAGGAAACUUCUUAACUGGAUUCGGUUUUUAUGAACCAUAUUGGCUUGUUGACAUUGGUAACCUUUUCAUCAUAAUUCAUUUAGUGGGAGCUUACCAGGUAUUUGCACAACCUAUAUUUUCUAUUGUGGAAAAUUGGGCUUGUAAGAGUUGGCCAGAAAGCAAAUUUAUGACAAAAGAAUAUCAUAUAAAAAUUCCAUUGAUUGGCACAUUGAGAAUGAAUAUGUUCAGAUUAAUAUGGAGGACAAUAUAUGUGAUAUUGACAACAUUGAUGGCUAUGAUAUUUCCAUUCUUCAAUAGCAUUGUUGGUUUGCUUGGAGCUAUAUCAUUUUUUCCCUUGACAGUGUAUUUUCCAAUAGAGAUGUAUUUGGUACAAGCUAAAGUGCCCAAAUAUUCUUCUAUAUGGAUAGGGAUGAAAAUGCUAAGUGGGUUUUGUUUGAUUGUUACUCUUGUUGCUGCAGUUGGAUCAAUUCAAGGAAUCAUCUCAGAGCUUAAGAUUUAUAAGCCCUUUCAAGCUAUGUAAUCCCUUUCUUUUACUAUUUACUAAAUAUAUAUUGGUACAUUUGUUGAAUAAAGCAUGUGUGUACUUAUUAAUCAAUAAUAUACAUAUGUACUUUUUGGAU